UUGAGAGAAUUUGUAUUUGCAUUUCUUUCGUCUUCAUAAUAUUGUUUAUGUGUUUAUGUGUUUAUGCUUUCCUAUUUUUUUCAACAAUGCAAAAGUUGAAGUAUUAUUGAAGUUAAUCAUUGUUAUCAAUGCUAAAAAUAUCGAGCAAUGGUGGCUUACGAGGAAAUCGCACGCUCAAAAUACAAAAGUAAUUGGCUGCUGUUACUUGUGUUAGCUUCCCAGGUCUUAAUAUGUGUAUUUACUUUGUUUGUUGUGUAUGACCAAUUUGUUAAAGAAAAGAACUUGGAAGAUGUACUAGAAGAUGUGAUAGAAAAUGUCAAUAGGAGUGUAGACGCUUCACAGUAUCGUAUGGUAUGUUAUUAUACCACUCCAAAUUCAGAUGAAAAAGAUUAUUUACGUUUGGUUGAUAUAAAAAAAAAUCUUUGUUCACACGUCAACAUAGGAAUCGUAAAUGUUAAAAACUCUACAUUAAUUUUGUCAUCAAACUUUAUACGUUUACUUAACGAAGAGCUUGCUACUUUACGAGUUACUGAUCCUUCAUUAAAAAUUCUGUUAUGGGUGGGUGGUGGAGGUUAUGCAGAGGAAGGUUUCGCAUCAAUGGUUCGAAACCAUAGUUCGCGUAAGAUAUUUAUAAGGUCUUUAAAAGAGGUUUUGCAUAAAUAUAAACUUGACGGAGUUGACUUAGAUUGGGAGUUUCCUCGCGCCUAUAAUAAGCAAAGGCAGCAUUUUUCCCAACUUUUAAGAGAAAUCAAGCAAGAAUAUAUACGCGAACGGAAAGACUAUUUGUUGUCAGUGGCAGUUGCGGCACCUGAAGGAAUUGCUCUGUUUGCCUACGAUGUGAAAGAGCUGAACUCCUACGCAGACUUUGUCAAUUUGAUGUCUUACGAUUAUCACUUUUAUACGCAAGAAACUCCGUUUACCGGUUUGAAUGCUCCACUUUAUGCACGCAAGAAUGAACGCUCUAUUAUGGGAACUUUUAAUAUUAAUUAUUCUGUGAAUUGGUGGUUAACAAAUGGCCUUGAUCGUCAGAAAUUAGUUGUAGGUUUACCAACCUAUGGUCACUCCUUCACACUUGUAAAUCCGUUUAACAAUAAAAUCGGUGCUCCGGCAUCACAUUUUGGGCAGUGUGGAAAUUUGGGUUUUACGACUUACUUUGAAACGUGCGUUUUUGAAAUGAAAAAUGUUAUUAAACAUUUUUAUGAUGAAGAUACUUGUUCUCCUUACAUAAAUAGUGGUGCGGAAUGGAUUUCAUAUGAAAAUGAACGGAGUUUACAAUGUAAGACUGAUUAUAUAAAAUCGAUGAAACUUGGGGGUGCUAUGAUAUUUUCAUUAAAUUCCGAUGAUUACAAAAAUGUAUGUUAUAUUAUUGAACAUAAUCAGAACACCAAAUUUCCUCUAAUAGAAGCUGUUAAAAAUAAUUUGUAUCAAAAGGUUUGAUAAAAACGUAUUUAAU